CCCCCUCCCGCGCGCGCGCGCGUCUCCGUCCAGCACGCGCGCCAGGGGCAGCGGCUAUUCCCGCCGGCCGGACCGCCACCGCCACCGCCGAUCUCGGGCUUCAUCAACAUUGAUAACUGAUAAGUAUGUAGAGAAGUAUUGGAGGAGUCAUGCCAUCUAGUGACAAGCAAUUAGCAUUCUCGGUGAAAACAGCAGCAUCACGUGAGCUGCUAAACAAAGGUACCAACAUCAUAAGUAUGUCUCAAGGCACUUCUCUGCCGCCAAAGGAUAAAGGUCCUGCUGAAGAUCCUUUAAAGGCUGUAGGCACAAAACGGCUGCAUACUGAUGCUCCUUCAAGCCCUGUUUAUCAUAAUGUUUAUGUACGACGAAAGGUGGAAACUGAGCAUAAUAAAUUGAGCUCGUCUCAGGAGAUGAAGGUUCAUGGAAAGGACAAAACAAAGCAACAGGAGGAACAGCAAAAUGUGGAAACUGGACAUAGUAAAGUGAGUUGUUCUCAAGAGUUGAAAGGUAGUGGAAGUGAGAAAAGAAAAGAGCAGGAGCUACAGAAAAUGGAAACUGAACAUAGUAAAGUGAACCCUUCUCAAGCGUUGAGGGGUAGUGGAAGCGAGAAAACAAAGGAGCAGGAGGAACAGAAAAUGGAAACUGAACAUAGUAAAGUUAACCCUUCUCAAGAGUUGAAGGGUAGUGGAAGCGAGAAAACAAAGGAGCAGGAGGAACAGAAAAUGGAAACUGAACAGAGUAAAGUGAACCCUUCUCAAGAGUUGAGGGGUAGUGGAAGCGAGAAAACAAAGGAGAAGGAGGAACAGAAAAUGGAAACUGAACAGAGUAAAGUGAACCCUUCUCAAGCGUUGAGGGGUAGUGGAAGCGAGAAAACAAAGGAGCAGGAGGAACAGAAAAUGGAAACUGAACACAGUAAAGUUAACCUUUUUCAAAGGUUGAAGGGUAGUGGAAGCGAGAAAACAAAGGAGCAGGAGGAACAGAAAGUGAAAACUGAACAUAGUAAAGUGAACUCUUCUCAAGAGUUGAAGGGUAAUGGAGGAGGAAAAAUAGAAAAGCAAGAGGAUCAACAAAUGGUGCAACGUGAUCAAGUCAAUAAGUCAGAAGUGGCACCUCCUAUUGCUGAAUCUGGAAUAAAAGAGCAGGAUGAACAACAAACGGUGCAACAUGAUCAGGUGAAUAAGCCAAAGUUGGCACCUCCUAUUGCUGAAUCUGGAAUAAAAGGGCAGGAUGAACAGCAAACGGUGCAACAUGAUCAGGUCAAUAAGUCAGAAAUGGCACCUAUUCCUGAAUCUGUAAUGAAGGAUCAGGAUGAACAGCAAACGGUCCAAUAUGACCAGGUCAAUAAGUCAGAAAUGGCACCUCCUAUUCCUGAAUCUGUAAUGAAGGAUCAGGAUGAACAGAAAAUGGUGCAACAUGAUGAGGUCAAUAAGCCAGAAAUGGCACCUCCUGUUACUGAAUCCGGAAUAAAAGAGCAGGAGGAACAGCGAACUGUACAACAUGAUCAGGUCAAUAAGCCAGAAGUGGCACCUCCUGAAGAGCAGGAGAAACGGCGAAUGGUACAACCAGAUCAAGUCAAUAAGCCAGAAGUGGCACCUCCUGAAGAGCAGGAGAAACGGCGAAUGGUACAACCAGAUCAAGUCAAUAAGCCAGAAGUGGCACCACCUGUUGCUGAACCUAGAAUAACAGAGCAGGAGGAACCAGAAAUGGUACAACAUGAUCAGGUCAAUAAACCAGAUGUGGCACCUACUAUUGCUGAAUCUGCAGGUCUAGUCUCAUCUGAAAUGUCCGAAUCUGGAGGGCUGGAGCCAUCUAAAUCUCCUGAAGAAACAAAUGCAGAAACUGUACCAAAGAAAAAUGAGCUGCCGAUUGCUUCUGCUAACGAUCCACCGGCCGGUCCUAGUACCACCGUUCAAGGUGAUAUGCAUAGAUCAGGCAACCAAAAUCCUUACUGGAGUGAGAGAUAUGAUCGAUUACAGACAUAUUUGGAGAACUGUGAUCGGUCAUCCCAGGAGGGUUAUAUGCGAAUGCUUAGGACACUCUCAGCAGCCGGUCGAAGCAUGCAUGCGAUUGAGCUGGAGAAGAGGGCAAUACACCUCCUAGUGGAGGAAGGUAAAGAGCUGCAACGGAUGAAGGCUUUGAAUGUUUUGGGGAAAGUUUCUCCAAACGGUCCUUCGAAGCAGGAUCCCUUGCAGCGGUCGUCCCAGAAAUGAGACGGUUGAAGCUAUGUCUGUAGAGCCAAAAAUAUAUGGGUCAUGUAUACAUUGCAGAAAGGACAUGUUCUGCUUAGCACUUUUCUUUUCAGGAUUUUCCUUUUGCUUUUGCUUUUACCUAUACUCAGCGCUGUGCUGUGGGUAUGUUGUUAUAUGGUGUAAUUAUAAGAGUGACUCGUUUGGAUAAACCUGUCAGGCUUAAUGGCCAAGCCUAGUAUCUGUUUA